UAAUUAAAUAUGUUUCAGGGAUCUAUACAAGAGUUGUCGAAACAGUAGUAAUGUGGGCAAUUCAAAUUCAUUACUCAAUUCGUCUAUCUUCAAAAAAGUAAUCAAACAAUUACACGAUUUAUCUAAUGAUUCUACAAGAAAAAUAAUAGACAAAUAUAAAAAUAACCAAACUGAAGCCAAAGAGCUUAAGAAAGUAAUCAUAGCACGGGACAAAAGAACCGCAGUAACAAAUAAUAACUUUGAUGAUCACACAACUCACUUUUUAGAACCUAAUGCAAAUAAAAAUAUAAAAUAUACCGAAAAUACACCAGAUUUCCAUAACGUAAUUUCUUUUUGGCAAAGAUUCGGUAAGAAAAAUCAAAUAUCUACCACAGACAAUCCAAAAUAUAAACAUCAAAAUAAAAACAAUAUGCUUUCAAAUUAUCUCAAUUCUACUAACAAUGAUUAUUUUUCUAAACUUAUAAUUAAUAAAAAUUUGCGUGAUAAAGAUAUUAUCGAAGGGGAAUAUUUAAGACGCAUACAACCUCCUUUUAAACCUAAACCAAUAACUUCCCAAACAAGUACAACUACGACAUCUAGCGUAGAUUUUGUAACUGACGAUGAUACAGAUAUAUUUAAAUAUAUUCUGGAUUCACCUGAUAACGAUAGUGUUGAAAAACAUGACAUUAAUGCACACGUAAACCAAUAUUCCUACAAAAUCAACUAUUCCAAAAUUGUAUAUAAAAAUAAUAAAUCAAAACAUUCAGAAGAAUCGUCAGAAAAAGAUAAACCAGAUCGCAUAAAUAAAUAUGAAAAUUUUAAAACCGAUAAUUCACAACACAGCAUCAAUUUUCACGAAGAUAGAGAUAUUAAUAAAAAAUCUAAAUCAAAGCAUAAACAAAAUUAUAUACACAAAAUUGAAAACCCAAUAAACAUCAAUAAUAACGGAUAUUACAAAUCAGAUAAUUAUCAACACAAUAUUCCUGUUCAUGACGAAAUGGAUGUCAAAUACAGCGUAGAAAGAACACAAUAUUUGUAUACUACAAGGAAACCAGAACAUAGAUAUAAAAUAUAUCGUGAUGAUCACACGUCAAGCACUUUACCUCCAGAGGUGAUAAAAAAAAUUGCAGAAGAUGUUAAAGCUAUGAUAUUAAAAGAUUUAAAAAGAAAAACUACAACAAUGUUGCCUGUUACAAUUGAAAAAGGAUUGGAAGCUUUAAUUCCGAGAUACAAUGCCGUACAAAAUUUAAUUCCAAGAUACAAUGCCGGACAAAAUUUAAUUCCAAGUUACAAUCCUGAACAAAAUUUAAUUCCAAGAUAUAAUGCCGAACAAAAUAUGGCGAAACCGUACCCUCUCACAAAGAUCUUGGAUAUAUUACAAAAAUACAGAAAUGGUGAUAACCCCAGUGUAUACAGAAAACCAAGUGAGGCUGUUCAAGUUUACACUACUCCAAAACAAACACAGAAUCCAAACAAAAAUCCUUAUUAUCUACCAGUUGAAAGUAAACCACUAAAACUGGAAAAUAAUUCACCUUACAUAAAUCCAUAUAAAAUAUACAAAUCUGUACAAUCCAAGAAGAUAUCACCGAGAUUCAAAUAUGAAGUCCAAAAGCCGAAAACAUUUGCACCUAAAAGAGACUUACCUCCUUUGAAAUCAUAUACAUCGAAUAAUUUAAAGUCUACAGCAAUAACCCUUCAAACAAAUUUAAUAGAAAUACCACCCAUUGGCAUACCGAUAUCAGAGCCAGUGGCGUUCCUAAACCAUCACGUUAUUAUAAGUACAAGACGACCAUUCCGAAACAAACAACAAAAUUAUCCUAUAAAAAACGACAUGAAACUUAAAUAUAACAACCCAAUAAUAAAACAUAAACCUGUACGAACACGUAACGUGAAUCCACGAAUAAAUACAAAUAUCAGAUAUGACAAUUAUUAUAACAAUAAUAGGAAGCAACCGGAGUCAGAUAAGAAAAGAAUGAGUGACGUUGAUGAAAGUAGAGAAAUAAAAACGACAAAACCGAGAGGCGUUUAUCGUCCACGAAGUCAAAGUAAUAUAAAAAAGUUUCAUGAAAAACUAGAACAAUAUCCAAAGAUGAAAUACAAAGAGGUGCAAGUAGAUUGUUGUAAAGAUGAAAUAUUUACAAGCGAGCAAAUCCUGGAAGACGAAAUGAGAUCUCGUGACGAGGUCUCCUUCAGAAAUCUACUUAAAACUCAACAAAAAGUAACGGACAUGCUAACACAAAUGUUAGCCAAGAGGAAGAAAGAAGAUCUACCACUAAGCGUGGAGGCGGCAUAAU